UGAUGUUGUGAAUAACAAUAUACCAGUUGACAACGCAUCGAUAUUUUUAUUUUAAAUAUUCAUAAAGUUUAAAAUUUAAUCAAUGUAUUUAUGAAUUUUUAAGAUAAAAAUUCAAACAAUCCUUUUUUUAAUUUUUAUGAAUAACUAUUUGCCUAUUUUUAUGAAAAACUAAUUUAAAAAUAAAAAAAUAUAUUUUGAAAAAAAAAUUGGUGCAUUGAAGGCUAUAUCCAAGCAUUAUAUGAUCUGUCAAAAGUUAUUUGUGGAUUCUAAAAAAUCAUAUGGUCUCUCUUAUUUCACCAUAAAAAAUUAUAAAAAUAAAUGAGCUGAGAAAUGGAAUAAUUUUUAGAACGACACUAUUACAUAAAACGUAUACUUUUUUUUUUUUUCUAUUAGAAAAUAAAUUAUUUUUUUUUUAUUUUUUUACUUAAUAAAAUAGUGGAUCUAUUUGGAUUAUUAUUGAAUAUAAUUUUCAUACUUUUUGGUAAUAUUAAUUAUAAAUAAAUAAAUAAAUAAAUAAAUAAAUUUGUUUAUUUGUUUUUUGGAUUACUAAAUAAUUAAAUAAACCAACAAUUAAUUUCCAUCGAUUAAUUAUAUAAAAAAGCUCUGAAAAAUAUUAUUUAAAAAUGAUAAAUAAAUAAUUGAAAAAAAAGUUAUUAAUUUAUUUUAGCUUAGAAGAAACACAAUAAUAUCAUUUGGGGAUAUCGACUGACUUUCUUGAAGCACAAUAUUUAUUCUCCCUGGGUUCCUGUGCGGAACCGUUUUAGUCAAUACAGAGUGUGGUAUAAGGGGUAUAAGGCUAUUUUGAGUUCGAGUCGCACUAAAUAUGGUCAGAUGAAUUUGUUUUAGAUGCUGUGAAACAAACAGAGCAUCCCUCUUCAUCAAGUUAAUUUAAUGGUGGGGAUAGUACUUGCUGAAGUUACUUAGGCAAGCACAAUUCUAUGAUUUGGACAGUUGGUUAGUUGUUAACCAGCUCGCUAACAUCUUUUACUUGUUUCUAACGCAACCGUAAACAUGGCUGAUAAGGAAAAGAAGAAGAAGACCAAAAAGAAGGAAGAAGCACCAGCUGCUGCUGCUGAACCAGCACCAGCACCAGAGCCAGUAAAAGAAGAACCAAAACCAAAAAGUCCAUCAGCAACACCAACAAGCUCGGCACGUGCAAGUAGCCGAGGAUCAAAACGCGCAAAGCGUGGAGGUUCAAGUGUAUUUUCUAUGUUUACACAAAAACAAGUUGCUGAAUUUAAAGAGGCAUUUGGACUUAUGGAUCAAGACAAAGAUGGUAUUAUUGGUAAAGAAGAUCUUCGUAUGACAUUUGAUUCAGUUGGUCGUCUUGCAACUGACAAAGAACUUGAUGAAAUGGUUGGUGAAGUACCUGGACCUAUCAAUUUCACUCAACUUCUUACACUCUUUGCAAAUCGCAUGUCCGGAGGAUCGGAUGAAGACGAUGUUGUCAUCAAUGCAUUCAACACCUUCGACAACAAUGGAAAAAUCAAUGGUGACAGAUUGAGGCAUGCACUCAUGACAUACGGUGAAAAAUUCACUGCAAAAGAAUGCAAUGAUGCCUUUGAUAAUAUGUACAUUGAUGACAAAGGACAAAUUGAUACCCAAAGUCUUAUCGCAAUGUUGACUGGUAAAGGUGAAGAGGAAGAUGAAUAAAUCAUACGCUGCACUAUCUAAAAAAAAA